AUGUACCGCCACGCAUUUUACGUGAGCGGAGGGUCAGCUACUCGUUACUGGCACUUUCAAGGACCAGUUAGGCACCUCGGUGGUGUUCACAGGCCUGUGACUAGUCGAUGUGUAAGUGUACUUGGGGGAUAUGUUGGGGUAUCUUAUAGGCGUUGUAUUGGCACAACUGCCGAGGGGCAAGGAACUGAGAACAGCAAUAAGAAACUGCCAUUUAUCGCAAUGUCUAGCGGAUCUGGGACUACACGUCAAGCUGACGACAGCGCCGAGGGCACAACCACACGCUUGUAUCGUUACGUACUAGAGAACCAUCACCGCCUGGGCCUCUACACGUUAUGCGGAUAUUUGGAACGUUUGUGCCAAGCGAAUUUAGCCGAUAUUGAGGUACGCAAUCUACUGAGGCUGAAACUUCUCGACAAUCUUGAGGAGGUCAACUCUCCAGUGGUAAUGGGUAGGGUACUCUACCUCUUGAACAAGUGCCCGUCUAUGGACGACGAGUUCUUCGUUAUGAUUACAAACCAUAUAUAUCGCAAUCGACUUUAUCCCAACGGGGAUGUACCACAAUCAUGGUGUAGGUAUUUCAAGUUUAUCGGAGACAAUCGUCUCUACCAUCGGCCCUUGUUAGAGGUGAUGUGCCGAAACUUCUAUGCCUACCUCAUUGCAUAUAUGGAACGUGGUCGCACGGCAUUCUCGCGUCGUAUGCAAGAAUCAGUGGCGAUAGCUUCGUGGGCUCUGGCGAUAACGGCACCUGACUUGCCUUUACAACAGCUGUUUACACUUAUGCUUCGUUUCGCCGGUAUUCCAGGGGUUGAACGGAGCGUCGUAAUACGAGUUUACUGGGGAGCUGCUGUGAGAAACCAAGGAUUAGAGAGAAUGGAACUACCAUUGAUUGCACGGGUGCUCAGUGAAACACUGUUUAGCAGCCCUGUGGGUAAUCGUCACAAGUCACACUUACACCAGAUAUACACCACGUUGCGAUGCCUCAAUCUGGCUGGAAUUGACGACGAAGGGCUGGCUGACCGUUGCUUGGAAUCACUUCAUAAACUGCGUUACGGUUACAAUGACUCUAAAAUAUCAACAAGUCAUCGCUACGUCUCUGAUGUAUUGGUACGGCUUGGUGUACCGCACAAAGUCGAGCUUUUGACACCAGACCUUUUAAGCAUAGACAUAGCCAUAGAGGGCGGGGGGGAACGUAUUGCACUGGAAGUAGAUGGGCCGGUUCAUUUCACACGAGUGUGCGACGGGUCUGAGUCUGCUACUCCUAUGCGUACUGGUCCGACAAAGAUGAAGCAGGCGUUUUUGAAGUGGACUGGAUGGUACGUACUUUCGGUACCACCAAUAAAGUUGGAUUAUAACGUUGAUCUUACUACGGCAAUUGCAUCUGUAGAUCUACACUACAAGCGGCUGCUCAUGGGUUCUGGCAGCGCCUACCUCAGCAAACUAUUGACGUAG